GACGCAAGUCCUCCUACGUCAGCACAACAGUGCCAACAUGGCGUUCACACUGUACGCGUUGAUUCAAACAGCGAUAUUAUUCACUAAUGCCAUCGCCGUUCUGCACGAAGAGAGGUUUCUCAGUAAAAUUGGUUGGGGGGCAGAGCAAAGUAUUGGAGGAUUUGGAGAUGACCCCGGGAUUAAAGCACAACUUCUGAACCUUAUUCGUUCCGUCAGGACUGUCAUGAGAGUACCUCUGAUAGCAGUAAAUUCAGUGUGUAUCGUCUUACUAUUACUGUUUGGAUGAAGAAAGGCUGGACUGCGGUGGAUCAAGAUCUAAUAUGGAACAUGGUGAAUGUGGCAAAGGAAAAUGGACUGUUUUUGUAUCUGUGGUUGUAAAUGUUGCCCUCCAAUGUCUGAAAAUUGUAUCCUGAAUGAAUUACUGUAAGUAGUCUGGUCGUUUUAUAUGACGCAUACCAGUAAACAUUUUUCUUUUUUCGAGUUUUGUAACUUUACAGAAAGUCCUGUUUCUCUGUACAUGCUGUUUUUGUCACAUUCAAGGUCUAGUAAAGUGUCAGUUCCUCAAGUAUCAAUGUAUUUUUUAGAACAAGCAACUGUUGAAUCAGCCAGACGGGUUUGUGAAAGCCAUACUGUCUUUUGACACCUGAAAUGAUUUUCUUUUUCUCAAAGCUAAUCUUCUUGAGUCUUGGUUUCAAAGAGGGCUUGGAAAGUAAAAGUGGGGUUUAAUAUAUUUAAAGUCUCUGAGUUUUAAUAAAGAUGUGCUGAAAUCGUAGUAUAGUUAAGAGAUCAGGUUUUAAGACACAACACACUUGGUCUGAAGGGAUUGAAACGUUUGACCAAGGGAGCUUCUAUCUUCAUUAGCCAGUCAUUUAACAAUUAUUAUUUUUGGAUUUUAAUAAAAUGAUUGUGUUUCAUCUGUCAAUGUA